GGCCUGCUCCCUCUGCAGAACCAACCAGGCAUGUGAAGAUAACUUCACAUUGGACACCAUCCACAAGGCAACCUUGGGAAUCAUGGGACCAUAUGUUGACCAUAUCCUGAGUCACUGGGUCACCACUGAGCACCUGAAAAAAAUUUGGGGAUCACCAGCAAUUACAAUGGCUAACUCCACGUGUUUGAAAGUCUCCAUGUCCUCCCUCCCACUUCUCAAAACUGUCUUAAAAGCAGAGGAAGAGAGCUACCAGUGUUGUGCCAUUAAUCUCCACUCCCUCCUCCCAUCCUUCAUCAAUGAGGCCUGAGGUGACAGGAGCAAUUUCUGAGAAGCAUAUGCUCCUCUGGGGGCAAACCAGCACUGGCAAUUGCGAGGUUAAGAAUCCAUCUACAGGGAUAACCACGGGCACUGCCCCUUCCAACAGAACCUCACAAAGCUGCUUUUAUUGGAGAUCCAUCUGAACAAUUUCUAGGAUUAUCAGUUUUUCUUAAAGCGUUGUGAAGACAGUGAGACUCGAAGUGCCAAGCUAUAUCCCGUGAGCUUGCCCUGGAUGUACGACUGCCUUUGAGAUCCAAGGUGGUGGGUGUGCUACAGCCUGGACCCUGCAGGACCUGGUCUCCCCGGGAAAAGGUGGGCGUGGCUUUCCGAUGGACGGGCGGGGCUUCUGUGGGAGGAGAGUCGCCGCCGAGGGGCUGCGCGGAAGACUCUCGCUCGUGUCCCAGGAAAGGACAGCUGAUUCCCCCGAGCGGGGACAUGCAGCGUCCCUGAAGACUGAGCAGGAACGGAUUGAGAAAGUCCUGUGAUAGGAGGGCUGAGGUGUCCGCAGCCUGCUUACACCCACGGCCCGGGCCCUGCGACGCCUGGGACCCCAAGUGCGGCGGCAGCGAUGCUUGGCCGAGUCUGGGCUCUGGCGCUGGCGCUUAUGCUCCUGGCCCCGGGACAAGGUUGGCGAGCUCAGGAGUGCUCUCCUGGGGGGCACCAGAUUCUUCAGAGCCCUUACAGAAGUGUGCAUUUUGACUCAUUGCAACUCCAGCAUUCUCCCUUUCAAAACCUGGUGUGUGACCGUUCCCUGUCUCCCGGAUGGUAUCGGUUUCUCAUCUUUGACAGACCUGCUGAGAUGCCAACCAAAUGUGUUGAGAUGAAUCACUGUGGAACACAGGCACCCAUCUGGCUAUCUCUGAGAGAUUCAGAGACACUGCCUUCACCUGGAGAGAUCAAGCAACUGAUAGCUUGUGCCACAUGGCAUUUUUUGUUUAACGCUACAAAAGACUGCUGUCUUUUUCAAAUCCCAGUGUCUGUAAGAAACUGUGGAAAAUUUUUUGUGUACUUACUACAGCCCACUCAAGGAUGUAUGGGAUAUUGUGCAGAAGCUAUUUCUGAUGCAAAAUUACACCCAUGUGACCCUGAUGAAAUUGAAAUUAGUGGUGACUGUGUUCGUCAGCGGUUUGUCUCAGUGCCACCACCGCCCCCAGGAAGGCCAGAAGUUGUGGUGGAGCUGAUUGAAUCCAGGCUUUUCUGUAGGUGUGCUUUUGAUGUUUCCCCUACAAGCACUUCGGUGGGAUUUCUCAUAACUUGGUCUAGGCUUUCUUCUCAAGAAAUCAAAGAGGAGCUGAAGCAAGAGACCACAGUUCAGGCAUUCUCUCUUUUAGAGCUGGAUGGAAUAAAUCUCAGACUUGGAGAUAGGAUAUUCUGUAGUGCUUCCGUCUUUUUGUUGGAGAAUCCACAUGUACAAAGCUUAGCCAUCGAAAGCCAAGAAUUUUUUGCAGGCAUUAAGUUACACCCUGAAUUAAGCACUAUAUCAGAAGAUGGGAAAGAAUAUCGCCUGAAGAUAGAGAGCACAGUACCUGUCAUUUGUUCUGAAUUCAGUGAGCUUGACCAGGAAUGCAAAAUCUCAUUAAAACUGAAAACUGUUGAUCAAGGUACAGAACAGCUAGGCUUAAACUUGGCACUGUCUUCCUGUCACGUGGACCUUCACCAGACAUCAUCCUGUCCUAAUGGAUCCUGUAACCAUGCUUUUGUGUCCUACACUGCUGUAACAGAUUUUUCUCGAGACGGAGAUAGAAUCACAAACAUUGUAGUGGAACCUAUAGUUAAUGAGGAUUUCCUGUGGAACAGCUACAUUCCAGACAGCAUCCAGAUCAAAGUAAAGGAUGUCCCAACUGCUUACUGCUAUUCAUUUACUGACCCACAUAUAAUUACAUUUGAUGGCAGGGUAUAUGAUAAUUUCAAGACUGGAACAUUUGUGCUUUAUAAGAGUAUGUCACGUGAUUUUGAAGUCCAUGUACGCCAGUGGGACUGUGGAAGCCUUCACUAUCCUGUGUCCUGUAACUGCGGGUUUGUUGCCAAAGAAGAAGGUGAUAUAGUUACUUUUGAUAUGUGCAGUGGCCAGCUACAUGAAUCACAGCCAUAUUUAUCUGUAAAGAGCCAAGAUGCAACCAGCAAUAUCAAGAUAAGUGAAUCUUACUUAGGAAGAAAAGUCACAAUCUGGUUUUCUUCUGGAGCAUUUAUCCGUGCUGAUCUUAGUGAGUGGGGCAUGAGUUUAACAAUCCGAGCCCCUAGCUUAGACUAUAGAAACACUUUGGGACUUUGUGGCACCUUUGAUGAAAACCCAGAAAAUGAUUUCCAUAAUAAAAAUGGAACCAAAAUUAGUUCAACUUUUAAUGAUUGUGUUGCUUUUAUUAACGAAUGGAGGAUUUUCCCAGGGAAAAGCAUGUUUGACACAAUGCCAAUUUCUCCGCCAUCACCUGGAAAACAAUCCUAUUGUAGCUGCUCACUGACUAAUUCAUUAUAUCCUUCUGAUCACCUGGACAGUGUUUCUCAACCAGAGAUUGUUUCAGGUUGCAGAGAUCUCAAACAUGUCAAAUUCUCUUUCCUGAUACCAGAACUAGAUGUCACCUCUGAAUAUAUUAAUUCAGAAGCUCUUACCAGAGGGAUAAAUGAGUAUGCAUUUGAAGAAAGUAAUUUGAAUUUCUUUCCUCAAGAAAAAAAGCACGUGAACCUAACCAAACUGGACUUAGAUUUACAAACACAUCCUGGAAAUGAAAAACAAGAGACACCAAACACUUCGGACAAUGGGAAACAGACCCAGGACCAGGGUAGCCGCAGCCAAGAGAUGAGGUGGGAUCCACAAAACAGAUGGAAACGGCAAAACAUAAAUUAUGAGUUUCUUCCUAUGUUUGCUUUACGAAGUCUCAGCCAAAGUGACAUAGAAGAAUUCACUUAUUUCUUCCCUGAGGACCAUUCUGAGGAUGUCCACCAAGAGUUUGUCCCUACGUGGCCCACACCCUCUGGACUCACUGAAUACAGCACCUUGGCACUGUGCCAGCAGACUCUUGGUAACUCCAGCAUAGGAAGACACUGUCUUGCCUUUCUGGGCAAGAGCCUAGACAGUGCUAUAGAUAUGUGCAUUAAGGAUGUUCUCCUAAAAGAUGAUCUUAGCUGGACAGAAGCAGCUGUGGCUCUUUUAGAAAAUGAAUGUGAAAGGAGAAUUUUGGAAGAGGGGAAAUACAACACAGAAGAAUAUGGCAAGUCAAUUGAAGAUGUUCUCUCAGUGCUAAAAUGCCCCAAUUUAUGCAGUGGCAAUGGGCAGUGUAUGGAAUGGGGAUGUGUAUGUUCCCCAGGCUUUAGUUCCUAUGAUUGCAGUGAUUCCCAUGACAAGGCUCCUGAAAUUAUAGGACUUGGGAAUGCUGGAUUCUGUAAUAUUCGAAAAUAUAAUUGUAUGACAGUGAGAGUGUUUGGUCAAGGCUUCAAAGAAUUACCUUCAACUAAAUGUGAAGUUACUAAACUGCAGUAUAAUAGCAGUAAAUGGGUCCUUGGAAAAGCUGUCUACACGCAUAUUGUUUUUCAAAAUAGCAGAACUAUUGAUUGUCAACUGCCCCCUGAUGUUCAGCAGUCUGAUACCUUAGAUCUGAUGGGUGAGAAGCCAAUUGCGAAGUGGCAGUUAAAGGUAUCUAAUGAUGGUUACAGGUUCAGUAAUCCCAAAAUAAUGAUCAUCUAUGAUGGGGCUUGUCAACUUUGCGGUCUCUAUGGAAAAGACUCAUGUACUAUAAAGGAAAAUGUUUGCAUUAUCGAUGGGCUCUGCUACAUUGAAGGAGAUAAAAAUCCUACCAGCCCUUGUUUGAUUUGUAGACCAAAAAUUUCAAAAUUUACUUGGUCAUUUUUAGAAAACAACCAACCCCCACUGAUUCAAAUGCCACAAGACAAAUUAGAGACAUUUUUCGGGGAGAACUUUGUGUUCCAGUUCACAGCUGUCGAUCCUGAAGGCUCUGACAUCCAUUUUGCCCUGGACUCGGGUCCCGAGGGAGCAAAUGUUUCUUCUACGGGACUUCUUAUGUGGAAAGCAGAGUCCCAAACUCCACAGCAAUUCACUCUACUUUUUACCGAUGACUGCAGUGCUGAAACUAGGCUCACGAUUAUGGUGACUGUGAAGUCUUGUGAUUGCUUGAAUGGUGGAUCGUGUGUGUCAGAUAUUAAAUUUCCUCCAGGAAGUGGAGUGCACCUGUGUGUCUGCUUGCCUGGCUUUCAGGGCAGUCUUUGUGAAGUGGACCUCACCGAGUGCCAAUCAAACCCCUGUGGCCUUGGCAGAUGUAUUAGUGGUUUUCACAGUUAUUCUUGCGUGUGUCCGCCUGAACUCAAAGGUAAAAAUUGCCAGGAAGAUGUUGAUGAGUGUCAAUCCAGACCUUGCUUUCCAGGAGCGGAGUGCUUCAAUACCUUUGGCUCCUAUCAUUGCGGUUCAUGUCCAAAAGGAUUUUAUGGUGAUGGAAAGAUAUGUCAUGUUGAAACACAGCUUUUACACAAAUCUACGACACAUAUUGUGGUUCUUACAAGUUCUGAUGAAAGUGAAACUAAGGAAGAGAAUGAUAAAAAUGCCAUGCAGAGAGAGAGGCGUGUUAAGUCAACAAGCAGAAAUGCCUCUAGUAUAAAAUUUCCGCCACCAUCAACAGAUCAUUCACUGAUUGGUGUGAACUUUACCCACGGUCCUGCUACUGUCAAAAAGUUCUUGGACACAACCAGUGACAUCUCACGCUUCUCAUUAAAAGCAGUUACCUCUCAGAUGAAUAAUUCAGAGAAAGUUAUUUCCCAUCAGAUAUCAGGUUUUGAACAUGCGGAUCAUACUAUCACUACAAAUCUCAGUCUGGAGGAACUGGUAGUUUCUGUGAAACACCCAAGUUCCUUAAGCAUUAACCCAAACAGUUCCCAUGGUAAAGCAAAGGAUGUUAUACCGAGUACCAUCCAAACAGAGGCAGGAGGGCAUCAUUCUCAAAUCAACAGGUCUGCCCAAGGUUACAUGCAAUUUAAGGAUGAGUUUACAUCAUCAGUUACUAGAGCCAUCACUGUUUUGCCGGAAAAGCCUGGAUGGACCAAAAUAUCAACUUGUGCUGAAUCGCCUUGUUUUCUUGGUGUUUCCUGUGUGCCAACUGCAGAUGGUCAUUUCCGAUGUGGACGAUGCCCCUUUGGAUAUUACGGAGAUGGUAUCAAUUGCAGAGCCAUUUGUAGACACCCAUGUGGGAAAAGCAGGGAGUGUGUUGCCCCAAACAUAUGCAAAUGUAAACCUGGUUAUGCUGGCUCUAACUGCCAAACUGCUCUAUGUCAUCCUGAUUGCAAAAACCAUGGAAAAUGUAUUAAGCCUAACAUUUGUGAAUGUCCCCCAGGGCGUGCUGGAGCAACCUGUGAUGAAGAACAUUGUAGUCCACCUUGUCGACAUGGUGGCACCUGCUUGGCUGGAAAUCUCUGCACUUGUCCUUAUGGUUUUGUAGGACCAAGGUGUGAAACAAUGAUUUGUAACAGGCACUGUGAAAAUGGAGGUGAAUGUCUUACACCAGAUAUUUGCCAGUGCAAGCCUGGCUGGUCGGGACCUACUUGUGGUACAGCUUUGUGUGACCCUGUUUGCCUCAAUGGUGGUUCCUGUGAUAAGCCAAACACUUGCUUCUGUCCAAAUGGAUUCUUUGGUGCGCAGUGUCAGAAUGCUAUCUGUCACCCUCCCUGUAAGAAUGGUGGCCGCUGCAUGAGAAAUAAUGUGUGCACCUGUCGUGAAGGAUACACUGGUAGGAGAUGCCAAAAAAGUAUCUGUGAUCCCAUGUGCAUGAAUGGAGGAAAAUGUGUAGGACCAAACAUUUGCUCUUGUCCUUCUGGUUGGAGAGGGAAACAAUGCAACACACCUCUCUGCUUUCAGAAAUGUAAAAAUGGUGGUGAAUGUAUAGCUCCCAGUAUAUGCCACUGUCCUACCGCAUGGGAAGGAGUGCAGUGUCAAAUACCAAUUUGCAAACUAAAGUGUCUUUAUGGAGGCAGAUGUGUAUUUCCUAAUGUGUGUUCUUGUCGCAAUGGAUAUUCUGGACCCAAAUGUGAAAAGAAAGUACAGACAAAACGCCAUUAAUAUCAAGUAUAUCACAAGCCUGUCUUAAGAAUGGAAAUUUUAUUCAGAAAAAGUUGAAGAUAACUACUUGAAGUUUAUUUGAACAUCAUUUUUAAAAUUAUUUUGAAGACUGAAGAAACUAAUCAAAUGUAGAAUGCUGUUAUCUGGUCAUUGUUAGAGAAAAGCAAAGAAGAAAUCCAGGUCAUUUGAAUUGACUUUGAAAUGUGAUUUGAUAUUUACGUAUUGAGAUGAUGCAUCCGAUAUUCAAGACAUUCACAUUAUCUAAUAAACUGAAUAUCUCCCAA